AUGUCGGGUAUAUCACCAGUAACAAUCAUCACUGAUCAAGAUAAAGCUAUGUGUGGUGCAAUUCACAAAGUUUUUCCUAAAACUCGCCAUCGCUUUUGUUCUUGGCACCUUCGUAGGAAUGCCUUACAAAAUCUUCAAUCAAUGCAUAAUGAUUAUGGUGAGGAUGUUUCUAUAAAGUAUAACAAAUGGUAUUGGAGUAAAUCGGAAGAAAAAUUUGAAAAGCGUUGGAAAGAAAUGAGGGACAAAUAUGGUGCAGAUAAAAGGAGUUGGUUAGUAAAUUUAUACAAUCAUCGAGAUCAUUGGGCUCCAGUGUAUCUUAAAGACACUUUUACUGCAGGAAUGACAUCUACUCAGCGGAGUGAGGGAAUUAAUGCUUUUUUUGAUCAUUUUGUGAAUGUAAAUACCGAGUUAUAUGAUUUUGUUAAGCAGUAUGAUAAUGCUGUCAGAGCUCGCCGAGCCGCUGAACUUGAGCAAGAUUUUAAGUCCACAAACUCAGUUCCUACAUUGAUAAUUGAACAUCCCAUUGAAAAACAAGCUCGGGAGAAUAAGUCCACAAACUCAGUUCCUACAUUGAUAAUUGAACAUCCCAUUGAAAAACAAGCUCGGGAGAAUUACACGAAGAAUCUGUUUACUAUCUUUCAGAAAGAACUCAAGGAUAGUUACUCCAUGCUUCAUGUUUCAGAAAGAACUCAAGGAUAG